GAAAUGGGCGUGUCGUACUCUGAGCUGUAGUUUCCGGUGAGGGUCGGAAUGGGAGCUGGUCGGUGAUGCACAUCGCGUGAAGCUUCAGAUCGAAAAUCAGAGAUUGAACAUCAGCUGCAGGACGCCAUGACUCACCCGGGCCCCAUCUCAUUGGUCAGCAUUGUCCUCGUACUCCUGCUAAGCCCCGCCUCCUCAGAGACCAGUGCUCUGCAGGACCUGAUCAGCAGGAACGCGGACUUUGGCGCCCGUCUGUACCGAGUACUCGCCGCCCGCACUGACGAGAACGUCCUACUGUGUCCGUUCACUUUGUCUGCUGCUCUGACAGUGCUGCUGAGUGCCACCAACGGACAGACCCGCGAGCAGUUGCAGGCGGGACUUACGCUGACCAGGCUGGACGCUCAGACACUCCCAGAUGUGUUUCAGACUCUGAGGAACGCCAUUCCGACAGUCUCUCUGCAGCAGGGUGCGGCCAUCUUCCCCUCUCAGAGUGUCCAAGUGGCCUCAUCCUACCUGAACCUGGUUCAGACCAAGCUCGGAGGCACAGUUCAGGGUGUGGACUACACAAAUGCUUAUGAAGCCAUCAACACCAUCAACCAGUGGGCGCUGGAGCAGACUGUAGACCAGGUCCAGGAUUUCAUUUCCGAAGUGGACCAUCAGACCCAGCUGCUGCUCGCCGCCGUUACAGCCUACAGAGCAAGCUUCACUCCGCCCUUUAAUGCGUCGUCCACUCAGGACGAGCGGUUCUAUGUGGAUAGCUAUCAUGUCGUCAUGGUUCCGAUGAUGUUUAGGGCCGAUAAGUACUUGCUGGCGUACGAUGCUGCGGUGAAGGCUGGCGUGCUGAAGCUGCCGAUGACAGACGGCGCAGCCAUGUUGGCCGUGCUUCCCGAUGAAGGUGUGGACGUCACCGCCGUGGAGGAGGAAGUUACGGCUGAUAAGAUCCAGGCCUGGAUCCGCCAGCUAAAGAAGACGAAAUUGGAGGUACAGUUUCCUCGCUUUUCAUUGGACCGUUCAUACUCACUUAAGGAUGCACUGCAGACUCUUGACAUCACCCAGGUGUUUCAGGAUGACGCUGACCUCAGCAACAUGGGUGGAGCUGAAGGGUCCAAACUUAAACAGGUGUAUCAUACGUCCGUCAUCUCCGUUGAAGAGAGCAGCAGUGACACCAGCGCCGGAGAUGCAGUGUUCUCCUCACCUCCUCCUCGACUGACAUUCAACAGACCCUUCAUCUUCAUCAUCUACCAUCAAAGCACCAGUGGCCUGAUGUUCAUUGGCCGAGUCAACGACCCCACCUGCAAAUAAAUGGGCCCAAACACCAACCCAAGCCUCCCCGGCGGCAA